AUGGCUCCCGUCGCCAUCUCCUCCGCCCCCGCGGCCAUUGCUGCCGCUAAGGCUGCCGUCCUCGACACCGGUGUCGCGACCCCUUACUCGCAGACCAGCACCGCCGUGUCCGAGGCCGGUGACAAGGCCCCCUCCCCCAAGGCCGCCGUCACCGUCCUCGCCGAGUCGGGUCUCCUCCCCGGCCAGGAGGGCUACAUCGAGUCGCUCGUCAACGCUCAGCAGGCCCUCCCCACCUCCGUUGCCGGCGAGACCGUCGUCGCCUCGGCCCUCGAGGUCAUCGAGGCCCUCGCUGUCCAGAAGUCGUCGGCCGUCUGGGUCUACGACGACGCUGCCGAGGUUGGCUUUGGCUCGCGUCUUGCUGCCUGGCAGGCCGAGGGCCUCGCCGCCGGCAAGGUCCACCCCGUCCAGACCCGUGAGGGCGCUGGUCUCGAGCUCGCCGGUUACGCCAAGAAGGCCGCCGCCGGCAAGAUUUCCGUCUUUGCCACCACCACCACUCUCCCCCUCCUCGCCCCCCACCUCGCUACCAUUGAGGGUGACGUUGUGAUUCACGUCGCUGCCACCGAGCCCUCGGCCUCGCUCGCUCUCGAGGACGCCCUUUCGGCCCCCGGUGUCGUCAAGGCCCUCACUGCCCUCUCCGAGGAGUGGGACGUCAUCUUCUCGGCCGGCGCCGACGUUGUUGCCACUGCCGCGCACCUCUACACCUCGGCCGGCAAGGUCAUUCACAUCAUCGAGUCGACCUACUCUGCCCGCGAGACCACCUCGUACAAGUUCCCCAACGCUGGUGCCUUUGACGAGUUUGUUGUCUCGGCCGACUCUGACGAGCUCUACCUCGCCGUGGCCUCGGCCGCCGCUCUGACCAUUGCCGCCCCCAAGGUCACCCUCAACACCCUCUCGCCCGACGCCGAGGCCCUCUUCGCUGUCCUCACUGGCCAGACCAAGAAGACCGUCACCGUCACCGGCCCCACCCGCGCCGACGCCGAGGCCCUCAAGGCCGUUGUCCUUGCCGUCCUCUUCUCGGCCCCCACCUCGAGCUCGGCCGUCUUCCCCACCGUCAAGGCUGCCGUCACCCCGGCUGCCGGUGCCACCGAGUCGGACGCCAAGGUCGUCUCGUUCUUCACCGCCCACUCGGCUCCCCUCCCCAAGCUCCUUGCCCAGCUCUUCGUCUCGUCGCCCACCCUUGCCACCACUUUUGCCACCUACAACACCACCGCUGUUACUGGCAAGAAGUCGGUUCUCUCGCUCUCGCAGGGUGCCGCCGUCUCGGUUUCGCCCAACUCGGCUUCGGACCUGAUCUGGGUUUCGGACCCUGCCGUCCUCAAGGCCACCGACGUCCUUGCCACCGCCAAGCAGGGUGCCACUCUCCUUCUCGAGCUCCCUUGGUCCGAGGAGGACGUGCCCGCCAAGCUUUCCGCUGCCGAGAUCCAGACCAUUCAGCAGAAGGGUCUCCGUGUCUUCCUGCUCGACGUCAACGCCCAGAGCGCCUUCAACCCCAUCCGCGAGCAGGUCGCUUUCCUCCUCCUCUACACUGGCUCGCAGAAGCUCCCCAGGGGUGUCUGGAGGGUCCUCGACGCCUUCCACGGUGGCCACCUCGGCCGCGACCCCGUCGAGGACGCCCAGGCCGGUCUCGACGAGAUCCCCGCCAACAUCAUUGCCUCGUGGGCCGUUGACCCCGAGACCGUCCACAAGACCAAGGACACCUGGGUCUGGGACACCAUCGAGGCCAUUGCCCACGACAAGGAGGCCAAGCCCUCGCUCUCGUCGUGGGAGCUUGCCGCCCGCCACAUUCUCUUCCGUGAGGCUUACGCCGUCGACGAGGCCAAGACCUUUGACGGCGACGACGCCAUCCCCGGCGUCGCCACCCUCCGCCCCGAGGAGUCUGAGGAGACCUUCCUCGUCACCGUCGCCGAGAACAAGCGUCUUACGCCCCUCGACUACGACCGUAACGUCUUCCACCUCGAGCUUGACACUGCCGGCACCGGCCUCAAGUACGCCAUUGGUGAGGCUAUCGGUAUCCACGGCUGGAACGAGGCCGACGAGGUUCUCGACUUCUGCCAGUGGUACGGUCUUGACCCCGAGGCCGUGGUCUCGAGCCCCAACCCCCUCAAGGAGGGCACCGUCGUCUCGCGCACCAUCUUCCAGAUCCUCCAGCAGAACCUCGACCUGUUCGGCCAGCCCGGCAAGUCGUUCUACGGCGACCUCUCCAAGCACGCCACCGAGCGCGAGGAGGCCAUGAUCCUCAAGUUCAUCUCCGUCCCCGAGGGUGCCGAGAUGUUCCAGAAGUUUAGCGAGAACCAGACCGUCAACUUUGCCGACAUUCUCAAGCUCUACCCUUCGGCCCGUCCCUCGUUCGAGCAGCUCCUCGAGCUCAUCCCCGAGAUCAAGCCCCGCCACUACUCGAUCGCCUCGUCGCAGGCCGCCGUCGGCGACAAGGUCGAGCUCCUCAUCGUCACCGUCGACUGGGUCGACUCGACCGGCCGCACCCGCUACGGCCAGUGCACGCGCUACCUCAACAAGCUCUCCGUCGGCGCCAAGGUCACCGUCAGCAUCAAGCCCUCGGUCAUGAAGCUGCCUGCCGACGACAAGCAGCCCAUCAUCAUGGCCGGUCUCGGUACCGGUGCCGCCCCCUUCCGCGCCUUCCUCCAGCACCGCGCCUGGCAGAAGGAGCAGGGCAUCGAGGUUGGCCCUGCCCUCUACUACUUCGGUGCCCGGCACGCGGCAGAGGAGUAUCUUUAUGGAUCAGAAAUUGAGGCCUGGGUUCAGGCUGGCAUCGUCCGUACUGGUCUCGCCUUCUCGCGUGACCAGCCCCAGAAGGUCUACAUCCAGCACAAGAUGCAGGAGGACGCCGAGCAGCUCGCUAAGUGGCUUCUUUCGAACGGAUCGUUCUACCUCUGUGGCCCCACAUGGCCCGUUCCCGACGUCUUCAAGGCCCUCACGGACGCCAUUGUCAAGGAGACAAGCUGGUCCGUCGAGAAGGCCGAGAAGUACAUCGAGGACCUCAAGGAGGAGGAGCGUUACGUCCUCGAGGUCUACUAA